GUCCGGCCUUCAUUUUCGACACACAGAUAAUACGGUCCAGUGGUUAAGGGCAAUGGAGUCUAUUGGUCUACCCAAGAUAUUUUAUCCAGAAACAACAGAUGUCUAUGACCGGAAAAACAUACCGAGAAUGAUAUACUGCAUUCAUGCAUUGAGUUUAUACCUGUUCAAACUAGGAAUAGCACCCCAGAUCCAGGAUUUGUUGGGAAAAGUAGACUUCACAGAGGAAGAAAUUAGUAAUAUGAGAAAGGAACUUGAGAAAUAUGGAAUACAAAUGCCAUCUUUCAGCAAAAUAGGUGGGAUUCUGGCUAAUGAACUGUCAGUGGAUGAAGCUGCUUUGCACGCUGCAGUUAUAGCCAUUAAUGAAGCUAUUGAAAAAGGAAUAGCGGAACAAACCAUUAAAACGUUAAGAAACCCAAAUGCAGUUUUAACUUUAGUAGAUGACGGCCUCGCACAGGAAUACCAGAAGGAACUCUGGGAAGCCAAGAAAAGGAAAGAGGAAAAUGCAAGACUGAAGAAUAACUGUAUUUCAGAAGAAGAAAGAGAUGCCUAUGAAGAACUGCUGACCCAAGCAGAAAUCCAAGGCAACAUCAAUAAAGUCAACAGGCUGGCUGCCGUAGACCACAUCAAUGCUGUCAUUCGGGAAGGUGACCCCGAGAAUACACUGCUUGCACUGAAGAGACCGGAGGCCCAGCUGCCCACUGUUUAUCCCUUUGCUGCUGUGAUGUAUCAGAAUGAACUUUUCAACCUCCAGAAACAGAAUGCCAUGCAGAACUACUUGGCCCAUGAGGAGCUCUUGAUUGCAGUGGAAAUGCUGUCUGCUGUUGCUUUACUCAACCAGGCCUUGGAAAACAGUGAUCUAGUUUCUGUGCAGAACCAACUCACAAGCCCAACAAUAGGCCUCAACAAUCUGGAUGAAUCGUAUGUAGAACGUUACACAAACACACUACUCACCUUUAAACUGGAAGCCUUAUCCCAAGGGCAAGAUAACUUAAGCUGGAAUGAAAUUCAGAAUUGUAUCGAUAUGGUUAAUAUUGAAAUUCAAGAAGAAAAUGACCGAAUUGUGGCUGUAGGACACAUCAAUGAAGCUAUUGAUGAAGGGAAUCCUUUGAAAACUUUAGAUACUCUGCUGUUACCGACUGCUAAGAUUAAAAAUGUAGACCCAGACUGCGCCCAGCACUACCAGGAUGUUUUAUACCAUGCUAAAUCACAGAAACUCAUGGACUCGGAGAGUGUUUCCAAAGUUCUUUGGCUGGAUGAGAUACAGCAUGCGGUCAAUGAGGCCAACAUGGACAAGGACAAAGCAAAACAAUGGGUUACACUGGUCAUCGAUGUUAAUCAGUGUUUGGAUAAAGAAAAGCCAAGUGAUAUUUUGUCUGUUUUGAAGUCUUCUAUGUCUAACACAAAUGACAUAAUUCCUGAAUGUGCUGACAAGUACUAUGAUGCCCUUGCAAAGGCAAAAGAGCACAAAUCUAAAAGUGUGUCUACUGAAGGUUCAUGGCUCAAACUUAGCCUGCAGGAUAAAUAUGAGUACUACUACAACAUCGAUUCAAAAGAGAAUUCCUGGGUCACACCCGAACCAUACUCGCCUAAAGAAUCAUGGCUCAUGGCAAAAGAAAUUGAGGCUUGUUGGAAGGGACAUAAACAACGGAAAGCAUAUUCGCGCAGGCGGCAAAUGUUGAUUGAUAAUACUGAUUCCAUUGUGAAGAUUCAGUCCUGGUUCCGGAUGAUAGUUGCACGGAGGAUAUACCUUGCACGACUGCAGUAUUUCAGAGAUCAUAAAAAUGAAAUUGUGAAAAUUCAGUCACUACUGAGAGCAAACAAAGCUAGAGAUGACUACAAAACAUUGGUUGGCUCGGAAAACCCACCAUUAACGGUGAUCCGAAAAUUUGUACACCUAUUGGACCAAAGUAACUUGGAUUUCCAGGAAGAGCUGGAGGUAGCACGGUUAAGAGAAGAAGUGGUGACCAAGAUCAGAGGCAACCAACAGCUCGAGAAAGACCUGAACUUGAUGGACAUCAAGAUUGGGCUCCUGGUGAAGAACAGGAUCACACUGGAGGAUGUAAUUUCACACAGAACGAAGCUGAAUAAGAAAAAAGGUGGAGAGAUGCAAAUACUGAAUAACACUGACAACCAGGGAAUUAAAAGUUUAAGUAAGGAGAGAAGAAAAACACUAGAAACAUACCAGCAGCUGUUUUAUCUUUUACAGACCAAUCCUUUAUACCUGGCUAAGCUGAUUUUCCAGAUGCCACAGAAUAAAUCAACUAAAUUUAUGGACACUGUUAUUUUCACACUAUACAAUUAUGCUUCCAAUCAGCGAGAAGAAUAUCUACUCCUCAAGCUUUUUAAGACUGCUCUGGAGGAAGAAAUAAAAUCAAAGGUGGAUCAGGUACAGGACAUAGUGACUGGGAACCCCACGGUCAUCAAGAUGGUUGUGAGCUUCAACAGAGGUGCCCGAGGACAGAACACGCUGCGCCAGCUCCUGGCUCCAGUGGUGAAAGAGAUCCUGGACGACAAGUCCCUGACCAUCAACACGAGCCCUGUAGAGGUGUACAAGGCUUGGGUGAACCAACUAGAAACACAGACUGGAGAAGCCAGCAAGCUGCCUUAUGACGUGACCACCGAACAAGCUCUAACAUACCCAGAAGUGAAAAAUAAACUGGAGGCAUCCAUUGAGAAUCUGAGAAGGGUCACCGACAAAGUCCUGAAUUCUAUCAUUUCUUCCCUUGAUCUCCUGCCUUAUGGAUUGAGGUAUAUAGCCAAAGUACUGAAGAAUUCGAUCCAUGAGAAAUUUCCUGAUGCCACAGAAGAUGAGCUAUUAAAGAUUGUGGGAAACCUCCUGUACUACCGGUACAUGAACCCAGCUAUCGUAGCUCCUGAUGGCUUUGAUAUCAUUGACAUGACUGCUGGAGGUCAGAUCAAUCCCGACCAAAGGAGAAACUUGGGAUCAGUGGCCAAGGUUCUUCAGCAUGCAGCCUCCAACAAGCUGUUCGAAGGAGAAAACGAGCAUCUCUCUUCUAUGAAUAAUUAUUUAUCAGAGACCUAUCAAGAGUUCAGGAAAUAUUUCAAAGAAGCCUGUAAUGUCCCUGAGCCAGAAGAAAAGUUUAAUAUGGAUAAAUACACAGAUGUGGUGACAGUCAGCAAACCAGUCAUUUAUAUUUCAAUUGAAGAAAUCAUCAGCACACAUUCACUCCUGUUGGAACACCAGGAUGCAAUUGCACCUGACAAACAGGACUUGCUGAAUGAACUACUGGAAUCCCUGGGAGAGGUACCUAGUGUGGAGUCUUUUCUUGGGGAAGGAGCAGUUGACCCCAAUGACCCUAACAGGGCAAAUACACUAAAUCAACUCUCAAAGAUUGAGAUUUCCCUUUAUUUGACAAGCAAGUACGACCUAGGGGACGGUGAAGCUAUAGAUGGCCAAAGCCUCAUGAUAAAGACCAAAAAGCUGAUAAUUGAUGUGAUCCGGAACCAACCAGGGAACACAUUGACAGAAAUCUUGGAGACACCAGCAACGACACAACAGGAAACAGAUCAUGCCAAAGAUAUGGUGAGCCGUGCAAUUAUAGAUUCCCAGGCUCCAGAAGAAAUGAAGCAUAGUCAGUCUAUGGUUGAAGAUGCACAGCUACCCCUGGAGCAGAAGAAGAGGAAAAUCCAGAGGAAUCUUAGGACUUUGGAACAAACUGGACACGUGUCAUCCAAGAAUAAAUACCAAGACAUUCUCAAUGAGAUUGCCAAGGACAUUCGAAAUCAAAGAAUACAUCGUAAGCUUCGAAAAGCUGAAUUGGCCAAACUUCAGCAGACCCUGAAGGCACUCAAUGAGAAGGCGGCAUUUUAUGAAGAGCAGAUUAAUUAUUAUGACACCUACAUAAAGACUUGUUUAGACAACUUAAAAAGAAGAAAUUCUCGAAGAUCAAUUAAACUAGAUGGAAAAGGAGAACCCAAAGGGGCGAAAAGAUCCAAGCCGGUGAGGUACACGGCAGCAAAGCUGCAUGAGAAAGGUGUCCUCCUGGGGAUAGACGACCUUCAAACAAACCAGUUUAAAAAUGUUACAUUUGAUAUCGUAUCUACUGAAGAUGUGGGCAUCUUUGAUGUCAGAUCCAAAUUCCUUGGUGUCGAGAUGGAAAAGGUACAGCUCAAUAUUCAGGAUUUACUUCAGAUGCAGUAUGAAGGAGUAGCUGUAAUGAAAAUGUUUGAUAAGGUUAAAGUGAAUGUGAACCUUCUCAUAUACCUACUGAACAAGAAAUUCUAUGGAAAGUGAAGUGCCUACAGAAAUUUCAUGGAAUCUGUAUCAUCUGGAUUAAGAAAUGAAUCUGUUUAAUAUUUUUGUUGUUAAACAUGAUUGAAAUCACUGCUUAUAAAUGUGUGGUUUUUUAAAAACAAAACAAAACAAAAAAGACCAAAACUGUUCUGAAGAAUGUACCCAUGUGCCUUUUUGAUAAUUUAAUACUAUGGUAGAAUAAUCCAAAAAAAUGAAUUAAUGUAAACACUUCCACAUUAUACUGUGGUAUAGGGACUCUGAUUUAAAACUUUGGACCUUCUGUGAUUUGUUUUAAAGUAGGGAGAAAAUAAGUUUAGUUGACUAGAGACAAAUCUGUAAACCUAUUUUCCUAUGAAAAAAAUUUUAGAUGUCCCAUUUGAAUAAUGUAAUUCUUCAUAGAUUUUUUUUUUUUUUUUGGUCUAUGGAGAAAUAGAAACCUAAUUAUUUGUAAUGAAUUAUUUACACAGAUAUUUAGUUCUAAGCCCUACCUUCUGGGAGUUACCAAUUUUAAAGAAGUUUUGUGCAAUUCAAUAUGAAGUUUUUAUAGGUAAUUGAAAGUGAUAAUACAAUAACACUUUCUGUAUAAAAGUAUAUAUUUUAUGUGAUUUAUUCCUACUAAAUGAAGUGCACUACUGCCUCAUGGUAAAGACUCUUGUUCCAGAGCCUUUAAGUGACUAAGGAACACCACGGUAGCGAUCCCCCCUAAGCCCCCACCACCACCCCUCACAGUUUAUUUGAAUACUUAAAUUGCGCCUCUCAAUUUUUUGUAAUGCGAUAAAAAUCAGUAUCUAGAUGGUUUUUAAAUGUAUUCUUUGAAAAUUGUUUUAUGUAAAAUAAAUGUUACUGAAUUACA